UCUUCUUAAUUUCUUUCUUCGUUUCCAUCACUUAAGUAUUCGCAACACAUUCGGGAGAGGCUGACUUAGCUAUCGCGAGGGGCGAGAAGGAGCUAAGGCCGCACGGUUCUUUGUUAAGGGAACAAGUCCGUGACAAGUGGUAUCAGAGCCCGGCUAAGGGCUUUGUGUUGAUCGAAUCCUCAACGAUGGCGAACGUUGAAGAUAUUUCGUACGUAACCGAGGGACGUGGCAGGAAGGCCCAAGUAAACAACAAGAAGAAGAGGGACCACAGCAAGGCUCGUGGGGAGAGUACCGUUAAUGAGGCUGUGCUAAUGGAUCAUGGCGAAAGACUCGAGAGGCUCGAGAAUAACGUCGCCAUAGCGGAGCUUAGCGAACGAUUCGAGAAGCUCGAGCACGAUACAGAAGUGUUGGAGAAUCACGUCGCCGAGCAACUCGAUUUGUCUAGAGACAAUGAGGCGUUGCGGGAGGAACGGUUGGAUCGAUUAGAGGCCAUCAUCCAAUCCCUCCAAGAGAGCAUCGAGGGGAUGCGCGACGACUUGGCCUUGUGCAAAAAGGCCGCCGCUAACGGGAGCACUGGCGUUGCUUCGAGUUCAAGGGUGAACUGCCCGAAGCCAACGGGAUUCAACGGCGUAAGGGACGCCAAGGAAGUCGAGAACUUCAUAUGGAGGAUGGAGCAAUAUUUCGAGGGUAUCGGUCUAGUCGACGAAACGACUAAGCGUAGAAAGCACGCCGAUAUCGAGAAAGGCGUUUGCCGAAUCGAUACUUGGGAAGAGUUCAAGAGGGAACUCAAGCGACACUUCUACCCGGAGAACGUCGUCUAUGAGGCUCGAAGGAAGUUGAGGGAACUCAAGCAACGAAGUUCAAUCCGCGAAUACGUGAAGGAGUUCACCACCCUCACCCUUCAAAUUCCCAACCUUUCCGAGGAGGAUCUCCUUUUCCACUUCACCGAUGGGUUACAAGCUAUUGCCGCCGCCGAGUCUUUAACCGAAUAUCAACCGAGAGAGCCGUUGCGAAAAGAGAAGUGGAACCCGACUAAAGGCGGAGAAGUGAGACGGGACUAUCGAGACAACCGAGACCCAAGGCGAGCGUCAACCUCGAGGGGAGGAGACAAGCCAUUCUCAUGCCAUCAACUUGAAGAAAAGAAGAGGUCGUUUGUGCCUAAGGGAGGAUGCUUCGUGUGCAAGGGGCCGCACGCGAUGAGUCAAUGUCCCAAGAUGGGGUCAUUGUCGGCACUCUUACAACAAGAGGCCGAGCAAGGCACAAACGAGGGGCUAGGCAACAUGGGAUCGCUCCAACUUCUGAACGCCUUAAAGGCUAAUCCGAUGCCGGCAACAUCAAGCAAGGGGCUGAUGUACGUGGAGGCCCGCAUCAACGAUACCCCAGCAAAGGUGAUGGUGGACACGGGAGCAACCCACAACUUUAUCACCGAGGACGAGGCCAAGAGGGUUGGCCUAUGGUGGACCAGACGAGGCUCAAGGCCGUUAACGCUAAGGCACAACCGCUCAACGGUGUAG